UUUAUUAUUUAUUUUUUUAACUUCAUUAUAUAACUUUUCUUGUUCCGUUUUCUUUGUCCCUGUCAAUAGCUCAUUUAAUGAGAGAGAGACUUGUCAAAUUUGGACAAACAGUAGAGUUGUCGAAAACAACUUGAUCAGCAACCCCAUUCCCCAGUUCAAAAAAAAGCACUACCCCAUUCCCACAUGACAAUGCUGCCAUGUUAGAAUCAGUGGGUGAUUAAAAUCACAAAAAAUUAAAAGCUAACUUUGCAUACCCACAAAGAAGAAAAAAGAAAUGGCGUUUCUGCUUUCAAUGAUGGGUUUUUGGCUGUGGAGUGGGAUAUGUCUCAUAGUCAGUACCACCACCGCAAAUACCAUUGUUGGGAAUGAGACUGAUCGCCUUGCACUGCUCGCCUUCAAGACAAUGAUAACACAAGACCCUCAUGGGAUUGUGAACUCAUGGAACAAUUCUUACCAUUUCUGUGAGUGGAAAGGUGUUAGAUGCGGUCACCGGCACAAGAGAGUCACCAUUAUAGACUUACAAUCCAGAGAUCUAGUUGGUUCCUUGUCUCCUCACAUUGGGAAUCUCAGCUUCCUUCACGUGUUGAGGCUCAAUAACAACACUUUUCAGGGUGAAAUCCCUGCUGAAAUUGGAAAUUUGUUCAGGCUUCAAAAUCUGAACCUAAGCAUAAACAAUUUUGAAGGAGAAAUUCCAGCCAACCUUUCCCGCUGCUCAAACCUCACAUUCCUUGGUGUAGGUUCCAACAAUCUAGUUGGAAAAUUCCCCAAAGAGCUUACUUCAUUGUCAAAGCUUAUAUACCUUGGAAUUCACUUGAACAAUUUGACAGGAGGUAUUCCUCCGUUCAUUGGGAAUCUUACUUCUCUUGUAAGAAUUACUGCGGCUUAUAAUCCUUUUGGUGGAAGUAUUCCAGAUACCUUGGGACAAUUGAAAAAUCUAAAUUUCCUUGGAUUGGGUGUCACUCAACUCUCUGGUAUGAUCCCUUCUUCCAUUUACAACCUCUCCUUACUAACUGCUUUUUCUGUCCCUUAUAACCAACUUCAUGGUAGUCUACCACCGGGCUUUGGUUCCAUGUUCCCCCAUCUUCAAAUCCUCCAGCUAUAUGGUAACCAAUUUACUGGACCUCUUCCACUUUCAAUAUCCAAUUCUUUAGAACUAGUAAGUUUUGAUGUGGGAGAAAACAACUUCAAUGGGAAAAUAACAAAUGAUUUUGGAAGCCUACAGAAUCUCGAGGAGAUAACUAUAUCAAGCAACCAUUUCGGAAGCGGGGAACCUGAUGAACUAGCCUUUCUUGGUUCUUUGGUCAAUUGUAGCAAUUUGAAAAAGUUGAGUAUGGAGAACAAUCAAUUCAGAGGGGUAUUACCAGAUUCUGUGGGCAAUUUAUCAAACCAUCUCUUUUUUUUAAGGCUUGACGGAAACCAAAUAUAUGGAACUAUUCCUUCAACAAUAGGUAAUCUUGUCAACUUGGCUUUGUUAGGUAUGUACAGCAACCAAUUCACUGGCGAAAUUCCCCCUAGCAUUGGUAAUCUUCAGAAGUUGCAAAGGUUGAGUUUUGAUAAUAACAAGCUCUCAGGAAAAAUUCCAAAUUCCAUUGGAAACUUGUCAUUGUUGACUGAACUUUACUUGGCGGGCAACAGAAUUGAGGGGACCAUACCCUCAAGUCUUGGUAACUGCCGAAAUUUGUUGUUGCUGCAUUUAUUUCAAAAUAACCUCAGUGGCACCAUUCCUGGAGAACUCUUGAGAAUCUCAUCUUUAUCAAUUUCAUUAAAUCUAGCUCAGAACCGUUUGUUUGGUUCCUUGCCUGCUGAGGUUGGAAACCUCAAAAAUUUAAUGGAAUUGGAUAUUUCUGAGAAUGGUUUGUCUGGUGAAAUUCCUAGCAGUCUUGGUAGUUGUACUAGCCUUGAAAACCUAUACUUGCAGGAAAAUUUCUUCCAAGGAUCUAUUCCUCUUUCAUUAGAAACUUUGAGAGGGAUUGCAAACUUUGAUCUUUCUCAUAACAACUUGUCUGGCAAAAUUCCAGCAUUCUUAGAAAAAUUUUCCCUACAAAAACUCAAUUUGUCAUUCAAUGAUUUUGAGGGUGAGGUACCAAUGAAAGGAGUUUUCACAAAUGCGAGUGCAAUAUCAAUUAUUGGAAAUUAUAGACUUUGUGGUGGUAUUUCUGAAUUACAACUACCCAACUGCAUCACCCAAAAAUCAAAGCAUAAGAUGCCUCUUUCACAUAUAUUACCAAUUACAGUAGCUUCUGUACUUGUAGGAGGAGCCCUAGUGUCUCUCUGUAUAAUUUAUUUCUUCAAGAAGAAAAGAACAACUCAUAAUACAAUUCCUUUUUUGAAAGGAUUGUUCUUGAAAAUUUCUUAUGAAAAACUCUUCAAAGCAACAGAUGGUUUCUCUUCCGCGAAUCUGAUUGGUUUCGGUAGUUUUGGCUAUGUAUAUAAAGGGAUUCUUGAUCAAGAUGGGGAGUUUGUCGCUGCUGUCAAAGUACUUAACCUUCAAAACCAUGGAGCUGCAAAGAGUUUCAUGGCAGAGUGCGAAACUUUGAGAAAUAUUCGACACCGAAACCUGGUCGGGAUCAUAACUUCUUGUUCUAGUGUUGAUUUUCAAGGAAAUGAGUUUAAAGCUCUAGUUUAUGAGUUCAUGCCUAAUGGGAGUCUAGAGGGAUGGCUGCAUUCAACUCCAGAAACUAAUAAUGGGCAAAAUGAGCACCGGAGACUCAACCUUCUAGAAAGAAUAAACAUUGCCAUAGAUGUGGCUUGUGCACUUGAUUAUCUUCAUCACCAAUGCCAUACAUCGAUCAUUCAUUGUGAUUUGAAGCCGAGUAAUAUCCUUCUUGAUCAUGACAUGGUUGCCUGUGUUGGAGAUUUUGGCCUGGCUAGAUUUUGCCCAGAGCUUACCAUUCCUAAUCAAAGUAGUUCAAUUGGAAUAAGGGGAUCCAUUGGAUAUGUACCUCCAGAGUAUGGUCUUGGAAGUGAGAUAUCAACUUAUGGAGAUGUCUACAGUUAUGGGAUCCUAUUAUUGGAGAUAAUAACAGGGAAGAGACCCACUGAUAGCAUGUUUGAGGAAGGCCUUAAUCUUCAUAGCUUUGCUAGGAUGGCCCUUCCUGACCAUGUGAUGGAGAUUGUAGACCCAGUGCUCCUAGACAAUGACGAAGAAGCGGCAGGAGCAACAGCAGCAGCUACUGCUGUUGGUGCCAGUACUUGGGAAUCAAUUCAAGAGAACAAUGGUGAUAGAAUGGGGGAAUGUCUAAUUUCCAUAGUCAAGAUUGGAGUGGCAUGCUCGAUAGAGUCACCACAAGGUCGAAUGAGCUUAAGUAAUAUCCUCCAUGAACUUCAUUUGAUCAAGAAGAAAUUCCUUCAAGAUGAACUUUCAACAAUGAAGCCGCAAAGAUAAUUGGACAUCGGUGGGAGCAAGCGUGGCAUGUUUUCUAUUGACAAUGAAGCUUGAUGCUUGCCAAAGCUGUGAGAAAUGGUAAAAGCUCAGUAAAAAAGGAAGAGGAUUAUGCUAGUACUUUUAAAUUCAAACUGGGAACCUAUAUGUCACAAGUGUAUAAAUAAUUUGAUUAUCAGAUUAUUUUCUAUCUAGUCCAUGUGAGAAUGAUAAUGUAUUGUACUUGCGUGAUUCGAGUUUAUUUACCUUUUUAAUUGUUAG